CAUCAGCGUGUUGUUGACCACGCAGUGACAUUCCGGUGCGGUCCACAAAAAGUGUCAGUUUACGUGGAUUCAAAAACGGGAUUCUCGCGUUUCAGGUUUGUGUUUCGCGAUUUCUCUUGCCUUUUCAGUUGACUGCGUGUUCUGAUACUGAAACCUUAUGGAUUCAGUCAAACCCAAGCCGGCGCCUGCCAAUCCGCAGCCAAAAAUGGCAGUGCCCGAGUCAAACGGCGAUCUCGACACGACGCCCAUUUUUCUAGCGAUUCUCGUUAUCCUCAUCACAAUCUUACUACUGUGGGUCUGGAAGAAAAAGCGAACCGUUCGGUCGGAUGUGCUACUGGCUGGGCUGUGCGAUUCCGGCAAAACGCUGCUUUUUUCCCGAUUGAUUUUCGACGAUGAAAAGGAAACGUUCACCUCGAUCAAGGAAAACGUUGGGCAUCUGGCGACUGCUAAGGGCGAAAUCCGUCUGGUGGAUAUCCCCGGCCACGAGCGGCUGCGCGGCAAAUUCUUCGAUCAGUACAAAAGCUUGGCCAAGGCCGUAGUUUACGUCGUCGAUAGCGUGACGGUGCAGAAGGACAUUCGUGAUGUUGCUGACUUUCUGUACACAAUUCUGGCCGACAAAGCAAUCUCAAGUCUUCCGGUAGUGAUCCUGUGCAACAAACAAGAUGAAGCCCUCGCUAAGGGAGAUGGAGUCAUCAAAAGCCUACUGGAAAAAGAAAUCAAUUUGGUCCGGCAAACGCGAACCAGUCAGCUGGAAUCAGUCGAUCAGCAGAAUGCCGACGCCGUGUUCCUCGGCCGCUCGGAUAAGGACUUCGAUUUCGGACAGGUUUCGCAGAAGAUUCAGUUUAUCGGUUGCUCGGCCCGGAAGGCCGAGUUCGACGAGUUGGCAUCGUUUUUGGAUGCCCUGUAAGGAGCCCUACUUAGUUAUGAUUUCGUCAAGUUAAGAAGCUUAAUUUACGGUGCGUGUGUGGGGGCGAAAGAAAGAAAUGAUCAAUCCACCCUGAUAGCCUAGUGUAGUGUUGUAAACACCAUAUUGUUGCAUUUGGAGGAAUACGAAUUUCCGUAAUUUUUUUUUUCAUUUGUUUCUUUUUUUUAUAAUUUAUUUUCCAAUUUUGGUUGUGUGUUUCAUGUAUUAAAUCGUUC